GGAGGCGGAGCCACGGCGACAGCGGCGGCAAGGGGGUGAAAUUUCUCGAAGGUGCGGCCAGGCCGGGGCCGGGCGCGGAGCGGGGCCUGGGGCAGCGGCGGAGCAGUAAGGGCCCCCCGCGCUGCCGCUAACGCUGCUGCCAUGAAUCACAAGAGCAAGAAGCGGAUCCGGGAGGCGAAGCGCAGCGCCCGACCCGAGCUGAAGGACUCGCUGGACUGGACCCGGCACAACUACUGCGAGACCUUUCCCCUCAGCCCUGCUGCCUGCAAGGAUAACGUGGAGAGGGCAGAUGCACUCCAGUUAACAGUAGAGGAAUUCGUGGAGCGUUAUGAAAAACCUUACAAGCCUGUAGUCCUGCUGAAUGCCCAGGUGGGCUGGUCUGCCCAAGAGAAGUGGACUCUGGAACGGCUGAAACGCAAGUACAGGAACCAGAAGUUCAAAUGUGGGGAGGACAAUGACGGUUAUUCUGUGAAGAUGAAGAUGAAAUACUACAUAGAGUAUAUGGAAACCACACGUGAUGACAGCCCCCUCUACAUCUUUGACAGCAGUUAUGGAGAGCAUCCCAAGCGCAGGAAACUGCUGGAGGACUACAAAGUACCCAAAUUCUUCACUGAUGACCUGUUUCAGUAUGCAGGGGAGAAACGAAGGCCACCUUACAGAUGGUUUGUGAUGGGCCCACCUCGCUCUGGAACAGGAAUUCACAUCGAUCCUUUGGGAACCAGUGCAUGGAAUGCCUUGGUCCAAGGACAUAAGCGUUGGUGCCUGUUCCCUACCAGCACUCCCAGAGAGCUGAUCAAAGUGACGCGAGAAGAGGGAGGGAACCAGCAGGAUGAAGCCAUCACCUGGUUCAAUGUCAUCUACCCCAGGACACAGCUCCCCACCUGGCCUCCAGAAUUCAAACCCCUGGAAAUCCUGCAGAAACCAGGAGAGACAGUCUUUGUGCCAGGUGGCUGGUGGCACGUAGUUCUCAAUCUUGACACAACCAUUGCCAUCACACAAAACUUUGCCAGCUGUACCAACUUCCCUGUGGUGUGGCACAAAACGGUAAGAGGGAGACCCAAACUGUCAAGGAAAUGGUACAGGAUCCUAAAGCAGGAACACCCUGACUUGGCAGCCUUGGCUGAUUCAGUUGACCUGCAGGAGUCCACUGGUAUUGCUUCUGAUAGUUCCAGUGACUCUUCCAGCUCCUCAAGUUCCAGCUCCUCAGACUCAGAUUCAGAGUGUGACUCUGGCUCUGAGACAGAGGGGAUGAUGCACCGCAGGAAAAAGAGGAGGACGUGCAGUAUGAUGGGCAACGGAGAUACCACUUCCCAGGACGACUGUGUCAGCAAAGAACGCAGCUCCUCCAGGAUUAGGGAAUCUUGUGGAAGCCGCAGCUACCCCUGAGAGAUACCAACACCCACCUAGAGGCAGCUGCCAAUUCAAGCUCCCUUAGCAGCCAGCCAGCUCUGUUCUACCCCCUUCUGCUUCUAUUUUUCACGGUCCUUAAGCUUUUGUCACUCUUCCUCAACCCAGACCAUCUCCAUUUUGUGCUGUCAAAGGCUGGCUCCUGGAUGCCCUCUAGGAGCAGGUCCCAUCUCUACGUUCUCGUGCAAUGCUUUGUCCCCUCCACGCCCCGAGUGAGUGCACUAACGACCCAGCCAGGAAUGGAACGGUUCACCUUGCUGGCAACAAAGGUGAUGGUCAGUUUUUUAAAGGAACUCUUUUUAAAACCAGCAGGUCAGUGCCCAGACCUGCCUUGCUUUGAGACUGUCAUAUGUUUACAUGUUGUCCUGUACACUUGAGGAGAGAGGAACACCAGCCCCUUGGGCCUGUCCAAAAGUCUGGCGGAUCUCCCACCACGGUUUCAGGAAGGAAAGGUGGUGCAAAUGCUGCAGACACGAAAGCAACUUCAAGCAAAAGUGACCACCGACCCAAAGCAUCUGUUGUGGGCCUCAUCUGCACACAUACAGGUGCAACAGCUUAACCAGCAACAGUGCAUUUGUUUUGCUCUUGUCUAUCAUGAUGACUGGUGGUAUCAAAGAUGUGCUAGAACCUUGCUAUCAGUAGCUCGACGGAGCAAGAAAAUCUUUGGAGUUUCUUGUACAGCAAAAACUGUGGGGAACAAGUCAGCAUUUGGCAGUAAUUCCAAGCCUUUAGGUGCAGGUGUGAUGCUUAGCAUUAAGCAACCACUGAGGAGGUCUGACUCUUACAGGAUCACAACGGUUGCUGGGUUUUAAACACCAAGCAGUGACAGGGCUGUGGGCUCGUGCAGGCCAGUGCAGUUCACAUACCUAAAUAGCUUUGCUUUGAGGUUUCUUGUUCAGAUGUGUCCCUAGAACUUGCAGUGCCAAUUUUAAAGGAUGGGGAGGGGAAGUUAUUUUUGUUUCAUGCUGUUUAAAAUUGCAAUGUGUUGCUUAAGUCUGUGUAGGUGCUGUUUGUAUUAUGCCAGGUAAAGCUCUCAUCCCCAAGGGAUCUAUUGGAGCUGUUGGGUGUUUUAGCAGGGGCUUGUGCUUGGUAGUGUAAGAGAAGAGGGGUGUCUGUGCUGCAAGGAAAUGAUCCUCCUUUUCCAUCUGAACAGCACAGCUGGGCUGGAGUGCUUCCUUGGGUGCUCUCUGGGAAUGGGUAUUUGAUCUCACUUCAGCUGUUCUCCUGUGGGAGAGGAAAUUGGAAAGCAGCAGUGGGAAGUGUGUAGUAAACGUGCAGUAAUGCCCAGGCACUGGGAGCAGGGUUCAAAAGCAGACUGGCAGCCCUAACUGUGACUUCCUUGCUCACAUUGGGUUUGAUGGGAGCCAGAACAUUGUUUGUCUGGGUUUCUGAUCUGUUUUUAACCUUACCUCUUCCUAUUUCAAAACUCUUCUUCUUGGAGCUCAGACCACAUCCUGUUGUAGAGGGGAGUCCUAAAGGGUCUGAAAUCACAGUUUCUGAAUCUUCUGUGCUAGUCAUCUUCUAUAGGAGUGACAAAGUGGUGGAAAAGUGGAGAAAGUGAAGGGUUUUUUGUACAGUUCAGGCUCUGAAUUCCCUCUGAUGGGCAGCUGUAAGUGAGCACAGAUGCCCUGUAGACUGCUGCAUAUUCUUCCGCAGGAUUACUUCAUUUUAAAACAACUUCUCAGACUCCUGCUGUUCCUGGCCAAGGGCUGCCUUUUUCCUGGACAGCCUGGGAGCCAGCACAAGCUGUGUCACCUCAGAGCAGGCUGCAGCUGCUGCCUUGUGAAGGAAUGUGAGAGCCUGGAGAGGUGAAGGCUCAGAAAUCUUGGCUCUGUUGUGGUGAGGGGAGCCUAUGGAGAGCUGUGGCCUGACAGCUAGUGUGUCAGUGCUGUCACUUGCAGUUGGAUUUUGGUUUGCAGAGUUCAGUUUUGCAGCCUUACAAUCUGCUUAAAAUGUUGGUGCAAGCCUGAUGGCUGUGCUGGGAAAGCGGCCCUCUGUCACCAGCAGCACAGCAGGAGAGCCAGAGUGCAGAGGAUUCUUCUGUGCCUAUGAACUCUUGCACAGUGCAAAGGAAAACCAUUUCAGAUGAAGCCUGUGCUUGUUUGACAUCCCUCACAGGAAAGCAGUGUGUGGGGAAGGGACUGCAGGCCUGUGGUACCAGCAGGACGGCACUGACUCCUCCACAAGGCACUUUCUGAUAGGAGACAAAGGUCUGUCUGUUCAGACUACCUGGGAAUUGGCACUCCUGGGAUCUCUGGUUCUUCCACUUGCAGGCUCUAGCCUCGGCCAAAUAGGUGAGCUUCUAGCUUUGUGUUAUUAGGAGGAAAAUACCUACCUCACAGGGGUGUUGUGAGGCUGAAAUGUAAUUACUGUGUAAGAUGCUUUGAAGUCAUCCUCCCACAAAAAGCGUUUGAGACAUCCUGAGCAACCUGAGACUUCCUAACCUGGUGUUGCCUUCUUGUAGCAGAGAACACUGAGGAUGUUGUUCAGCACUCCUGGCCACGUGGUGUUCUGUGGUGGCCCUUCCAGAAUUGCUGUGUGGUACAUAACCUGUAGCAAAACAAGGCUUUUUGUUUUCACCAGAGUUUAUCUGUUGGCAUCUCAUGCCCUGCUCUAAACAGGAGGUCCUGCUAGAUCAGGGCUUUUUAAAAAUAGGACUAGAUUAAAUUCUCUCUCAUCAGGGAGUCAGCUCCACUGGCCUUACAGGAAGGGGGGAGCUGGUGUUUCCCAGGCCCUCCUUCCAGGCUGGGUGAGUGAGGAAUGAAGUUAAACUGUGCUCCCCUAGUGCCUAACUCCAUGCUCGUGGCAGGCUGACUGGGGAGCAUGGGUUUUGUGCUCUCACUUCUCCAAGCUUGUGCUUGGUGGGGCAUCCACGUCUUUCUUGUUCCAACCCCACUGCUUUUGUGUACUGUAGAGCCCUGGAUGUAGCAGGCUGUGCUUCAGCAUCCAGACCCAGUGGCCCCUUGUCCCCCUGAGUCCCCAAGCAGCAGCCCUGCUCCACCUCAGCCUCACCGUGGUGCUUCCUGGGCUGUCCCAGGCUGAGAGCUGUGUGCUGCCUUUGGGUUCUGCAAACCAGUGUCAGUGUCCUGCCUGCUCCAGAGAAGGGUAGAGGGAUUUGUGAGCUCUGGCCGUGCUUUUGAGCCUGGUAACCAAUGCAGGCUUGUCUGCUGUGCCAAUUCAGGAGUAAACAAGCACCCACCAGAGCUGUGGCUGUGGGCAGCAGGGGCUGAUCUCAGCACCUGUUCUCUGCACAAGUGCUGUGGGAGCAGGUGACACUGAGGCAGCCUUGACAGACCUUCCUCCCUUCUCCAGCUUGGCUGUGCUGGCUCUAGUUUGUCUUCUCAGUUACAUGAAGCCUCUCCAAGUGCUUAGAAGGACAGCAACCUCUUUCAUAAUUAACCAAGCCCCUUGUCCUCCCUGAGUCCCCAGCCAUGGCAGGGCAGGAAGCAAGGCUGUUGGCUGAGUCCCAUCUGAAAUGCCUGUGGGCUCACUGUCAUGGGGUGGGUUUUGGCAUCCCCCUUGCACGGGGAGGGAAGGAAGGAGCUUACUGCUCCAUUUGACAGUCACACUGUCAGCUCCAGCCCUGCCAGUGUCCUUAGCUGCUUUUGUCACCCCAUCCAGCAGAGCUGGGAUACUCUUUGUCUUGUUUGGAUGAUUGUGGUUUUGCUUUUUAUUUUAAAUAAAAUCAAUUAUUUUGCAUUA